AUGUCCCGUUUGCCUGGACACCUUCUCAGGCCGGGUCCUCCAGUGCACAACGGGCACAAUAUUUGCACCGAACAUGCCCCCAAACUGCGAAACAAGUGCCCCGUCUGCCGCACGUCGUAUGGGCGUUAUUCCUGUCGAAAUUUACUGGCCGAAAAUCUCGCUGCUCUGGAAGCUGAUCGGACUGACCAAGAAAUUCCAAUGGUUAUUGAUCGACGUCGCUUUUGGGAUGUUCAUCCAGAGCUGGACAGGAAUGUGGGGGACGAUGCUAAUGAAACUGAAGACGAACGUGAGGAAGACGACACCAGCAGUGGCGAAUCUUCUGAGAGCGACGAAUCCCCUGAGAUUAACCCAUCUUCUGAACGCGGCGGAUUUUUUCAAAGCAACCAAGCGGGCGGCAAAUUACGCGAUUUUCUGAUGCUUAUCCUCAGUGUCGGGUACAUCUGUUUGUUUGGCGAUAAAUUUAUGCCGACCAUCUUAACCUUUAUGAGGUUGCAUAUCGACGUAUCUAUAUUUAUGAGCAAUUUGGUUAAAAUGUUCUCGUGUUUUGUGUGCCCAGCCAGUUCACUUACAAAUCAUGCGUGACCUGUGUAACCAAAGGGUGGUACAAAUCUCUCGCUAAAAUGGCAAAUUUUUUA